CCCAACCAAAACCUCCUCCUCCUCCUCUCUCUCUCCGCCAUCUCCAUCCCCUCUCGCCGCUCCCGCUUCCCCCAUGCCCUCGGCAUCCGCCGCGGCCUCCCCGCCGAAACCCUAGCUCCGACUCCCUCCACGAUGGCGGGCGUGGCGACCGCGCGCGACGUGGAGGAGGUCAUCCAGAAGCUUCACUCCGACCGGGCCAGAGUCCGCGAUGAGGGGGUGAAGCUGCUGGGGACAUGGCUGCAGGGGGACCGCGCCGCCUCGUUCUGCCGCCUCCUCGGCCGCAACACCGCCAGGGUCAAGCCCGGCCACGGCCACCUCACGGGAGCCGCCACGUGGCCAUUCCUCAUCCUGGCGCUCCUCAACUGCGUCAAGGAGGACAUCUCGGGUAAGAAGCGCGGCACCACCAAAAGCGCCGCUGCCCGGAUGCUCCGUGUCGCCAUCCAGUGCGCCGAGGACGUCAAGCUAUCAGUUGCUAGGCAACUUUUCAGUCAUGUAUGGGAGGUCGUAAAAGAUGGCCCCAGCUUUCAGUUAGAGUACAGCAUGAUUCUCAGACAACUUUUAGCUGUUAAGGAGUACCGCUAUCAGAUGAAACCUCGAACAUAUAUCAGUUUUGUAGUGCACUACAUGAAGAAGGUCACUACUGUGCUUGAUGCAAAAUUCAGCAACCAGGCGAGCUCCAAGGAUGAAUCCUUCCGUUGUACAUUAACACUUCAUGUUCUACUCGAAAACCCACCAGGCGAUUAUCCUGAUACCAUGAGGGAGGAGGUUAUUAACGGAUUCAGUGCAAUCUUCCCACAUAUUAGGGAGGAGGAGGGGAAACUGACCCGCAAACUUAUCGAAUGCAUUAACACCUUUUUACUGAAGGAUGGGCCAAACCUGGGUUACGGAUGUGUGAAGAUUCAUAAUGCAGUUCAAGAGUUUAUAUUUCGUUGUUGGCCGGCGACUCUUGAUCAGGCUUUGAAGAGUUUGUUCAUCACCUACGCAAAAGUUCAGCUGAAGCUUGCCAGGGCUAUUCCAGAGAUUUUGGAAAAACUUGUUGACAUCAUCAUUAAGGAACUGGACAAAAAUGUUAACACCGGACCUGGUUUUCUGUGGUGUGAGGCACCUCGAGAUGAGAAAGCUGUGUCCUUAAGAUGCUUCCAAGAGGAAUGGAUGGAUCUAUCUGCUACUGUUUUUUAUCUGGCCCACAAAUGCACACUGAAGACACCAAAUAGGGAGAAAAGGUUGAAGACAGAGAACAUUCUGAACCUCAUCAUUGAUGGCCUUUCGAAAGGAUCUCUGUUUUGGAGCGGCUCUGUUUGUUUUCUGAUCCACAAGUAUGGAUAUCGAGUGGACAAAUCUUUGCUAAUUAGUUGGUUUGAAGCAAGCUGCAAAGCUUUGAGAAGUGUCUUGAGCCAUGCAAAUGCCAUACGGUUUCAGGACUCGAUACUCUGGCUUCUCAGGGCACUCAAGGAGUUCUCCAUGGUGGUCAUGUUCAAUCCUAGGGAGGAGGCACAAUUUUGUUUAACAAAAAGCGAGAUGUCAAUUGUUGAAGGUUGCUGGCAAGACAUAUGGAAUUCCCUUAUUCAUGCACUCCCUUUGUUUAGCAGCAUUGUGCUUGUUGCUGAUUCAGCGCUGAUUUUGCUGGGUGGAAUGAUUGUAAGGGACCAAGUUCAUGCAUCAUUUCUAUCAGAAGAUACAUGGAACCUGCAAAUAUUUAAACAAUUGCCAUCGCCGUCUGCUUUGUAUUUCAUUGCUUGUUACUUCUCAAGGAUAGGCUUUCAGGGUGACUUGUCCAGUUCUAUUUUUAUUCGGAAGAAUCUGCUAAGAUCAGCUUUGGAGCUAGUUCAUUCAAAGGAAUUCUCUCUCUUGAAUGAGCAAAAUGUUGUUCUCAUUCCUGAAGCUAUUUUCUCACUGUGUGCUUCUUUUUCGUCAUCACCAAUUAUUUCAUCAGAUACUUUACAACUGUUUGGUGAUUGUAAAAUUAAUUCUAAGUCUCUUGAGGACAAGACCUGGGUUCUCAAAGAUGAACUGCUCUACUCAGUUGAAGCUUUAUCAAAAAUCACUCUGGAUAGUUCUGUCAAGGUUAUUUCUGAUAAAUGCCACCGCAUACACCUUCCUGGGACUAUCCAGCAACCAAUGCUUCUUGAGCUCAUGGACUUCAUCAAAGGAUUUGUGGCCUCAAAUGAUCAGUUUGAGAAAUUGGACUUAUCUACUCUUGUAUUUGUCUGUUCUCUUCUCUGCAAUCUGAUUCAUUGUUCAUUGUUAUCAAGGGUAAUGGGAGAUAAAUCUUCACUUCUGCAGGAAGUAUUAAAUUAUAUCACGAAUGUUCUAAAACAUAUUGUGUCAUUUGUUAUGAAGAAGAAUGACGAACUUUCUCAUGGUGUCACUAACCUAAGUUUACCAUUGGAUACAAUGGGCUCCACUUUAUCCUCAUUCAAGAGCUUUCUGUCUUCUCCGAUAUUUAAUCUCUCAAGAGUUGAUAAUGGAGUUAGUUCUUUGGUUGUCAAGGGUGUUACUGAAUUACUUGAUGAACUCUUGGUGGCAAUUUCUCAGCUGUUUUCUCAACUCUCUAGUUUAGUUAACAAUUUUGAUGGGGAGAAUGCCGGUAAAGUGUUGCCAAUAUCUUGUGUAAACUCAGAGGAUCUAAAUCCUAUUGUUGACUGCAAAAGUAGUGUUGCUGAUAUGGAUCUUGAUGUGAUGGACUCUGGUGAAGUAGAUUCUGUCACGACUAGUGGGAGUGGAAAUAUGGGUAACUUCUUACGGCCAUUGGAGUGGAAGCUAGAACUAGUUAGAACUAUUUCAACUUUUUUCUCUGUUUUAUCGCUUCAUACAUGGGAAAUCUUGUACAGCUUGGUGGAGAAAGAAAGUGAUGUGAAGGUUCGUCAGGUCAUCUUGCUUAAUCUUUGCAGAAAUAUCCCUGGUUCAUCUAAAACUGUAUCUUCCAUGGUCCAUCUUAUAAAUGAUUUGAGGGACAGAUGUGCAUGUUCAUUACUUAACUCUGCAGAGUGUUUAGCCUGUGUGCAUGCUUUGCUAAGAACAUUGGUAACUCUCCGUGAUGGUGGGCAAAAUAUCGAUGGACAGCCUCAAGGAUGCAAAGGGAUUUUCAGCGAGAGCCAGGAUAUCCUAUUAGACUUGGUAAACAAGGCUACAGAGAUAGGUUAUACAGAUUGGUUUUCUCGAAUCAAGCUCAUUGAUUGCAUCUCAUCCUUUAUUUGCCUGUUCCCUGAUGUUGCCCAGGUUCUGAUUGGAUGUUUGCUUGACAUGCUGCAUGAUACCGAUUACCGUGUCAGGUUGUAUUUGGCCAGGGAAAUCGUUGUGUUAUUCCAAACGUGGGAAGGGCAUAAUGAAUUAUUUUAUGAUAUUCGCUCAAAUAUUGGUGCCAAGAUGGUAGCAUUCUCAAUUGACUCUCCAGUUACAGCUAGAGAAGUCUUAGCUGUUGGACCACAAUCUGUUCCUGUAAUUGAAACAGCCCUCAUUACACUUGCUCAUUUGUCUGUGUAUAGUGAGGAUGUUGAAGUUGAGAGCGUGUUCAUGAUUUCUGCUGCUGCUGCUAUAGAGCCUUCUCAGCGAGAAUUAGCUUAUGCUUUAUUUGAUUCCAUCUCAAGAAAGCUUGGUUAUGCUUCACGAAGCAAGUAUCUGGACCAAGUGAUUGGUCCAAUUCUUUUUAGGUGGGUUGCUUGCGAGAUGAGUCUAGUUUCACUUGUUGAGGUGCAAGAAAUGUUUGGUUAUAGUUCGUCUGAGCCAAAGAAUUUCGUUGAACAUUGUAGCUCAUGGCUUCUGCCUUUCCUUAUUCUAAGGGGUGAUGCUGCUGACCUAAAUUGGAUAUCGAAGAUUUUAUCGCAGCCUUUGUCUGUCAUUAUCAAGAGAUACUUUGUUCCAAUCUUUGGAUUGUCCAUUGCUGCCAGAUGUGGCACAGGGCCAGAGAAGGACUUAGCAGAAACUGCCUUAUGUGAAUCGCUUUUGCAGCUUGGGGAAAUUUCUGAGCUUGAGCGUGAUGAUCUCAUUAAAAAACAUAUGGUUUCAAUUGUUGCCUUUUUGCUCUCAGUUUCAUCAUCUGCUCAUGGGCCACAAUUCCCAUAUUUCUCCAAGGAGAUUGUUGCACUUUCACUGAAAACGGUUGUUGAUGGAUUUGUGGAUACCAUGGAUGAUGAUUUGGCUAACACAGUUGUUAUUGAUAAAAUUAAUAUAUUCCGUGCUGACAGAGUAUUUAAGUUCCUACUGGCAAUACAUCAGCAUGUUGCAGAUGCUUGCCAUCCCAGGCACAUGUGUCAUCGGCUUUGCGCAAUUGAAGUUUUGAUAGAUGUACUUGGACACAGAGUGGUUCUUGAGAGCACUUGCUUCUAUAUUAUCUGUAUAGUGGGGAACUACGUCCAGCAAAAACCAUUGCAAGGCCAAUGCUGUAAUAUUUUGUCUAAAUUGUUGGCUUCUUUUGAUGGAAAUUCCUCUGCUGGAACUGUGGAAGUGCUUGGCAGGCAGCUUCAGGUCGUAGUUCCGAAGUUGAUCACUGCUUGCCUAACUAAUGAAAAAGAAGAAAGAAGUGGUACUGCAGAUUCAUCAGGGCUUCUUUCUUUACUUCGGCACUUGACAGUGGAUGCUGAUCCUCUGCUUUAUGAUUACAUAAGAGAGUUAGAACCACUUCCUGAUCUUGAUUGCUUGAAAGAUAUACGAGAGUUUCACACUUCACUUUUUGCCUCCUAUGCUUCGAGAGAUCAAUUCUUAAAGUUUGUUAAUAGGGCUCCUUAUUUGCCACCGGAACUAUUCUUGUUGAGUCUUCGUAUGUAUCACAGCAAGCUAUUGUUGGGAGAUAUCAUCGGUAGAAGUGAUCCUUCUGCUGCUGAUAUAGACAUAGUUAGCUGCUGGUGCCGCGACCCAGAUAUUGUUUCUGCUGUAUGGACUCUUGUUGAUCUUUGUAGUUCAUCUCCUGUAGCAAAUGAAGCUUCUCCGAUGGUUGCUGAUUUUAUCUCUAGGGCUGGCUUGUCUGAUGCACAUCAAGUAAUAUUCCAUCUGCCAACCCUUACUCAAAAGCAUCCUGUACAAUUACAUAUUGGCUCUUCUUCCAAGGAUGAUAAAUUGUGCUCGGACUAUGGUAUUUCUGAUGAUAUUCUAGUUGACCUUCUGAAACUCUUGAAGACUUAUUUAUCUGAUGAAUCUGUAGAAAUAAUAGAUGCUGCUUCACAAACAUUGAGGGGUAUUCUGUCAACAGCAAAGGGGCUCAAUGCUCUGCAGAGCCUUGAUUCUCUUGAUAGGUCUUUACUGAUGGUUCAUUCUAGAGGUGUAAACAUCCAGAUAGUUGAACAGAGUAUAUUGGGCAUGGAGAAGUAUUCUGGUGUUUCACUUGAAGAUUCAGACACGUGGCAAACUGAUGGUCGAACUUACAAGCAAUGGUUGUGCACCUUAGUGAGCUCACUCAUUUGCCAUUGCGAUGACAUCAUCUUGAGACUUUGCAGGAGUCUUGUUUUUCUCAAAGUUAAGGCUGCUGAGCUUUUGUUUGCAAGCACUCUCGUAAACAUCGCUGGCAAUGUUGAUUCCAAUGCUGCCAUCUGCAGACUAAUUUCAACCAAGGCUGAGGAAAUAAUUUUUUCUGACUCCAAUGAUUCGCUGAAGUCAAUCCAGCUGUUUUUGGAUGCACUGAAUGUCAUUAGAUCCUUUUAUGUUGCUGAAAAAUCCAGAACUUGCCCUUCUAAUACUCUCAAGGAUGGUAGAUCCGUUAGAUCAAAAAGUCGGUCACCAGCAACAACUACAUCAUCGUCAUGGAAGAAGGUGUACUGGCUUUCAGUUGAUUAUCUUGUUGCUGCCAGAGCCGCUAGUAGAUGCUCAUGUGACUUCACUGCACUAAUGUAUGUCGAACUUUGGUGUGAGGAACAAUUCAACAGGCUGGCAAUAGGACCUCCAGAUUUUUCACAUGAAGAGUCGCUGCCACCACAUGUUGGUUUGUUGAUUGCUGCAUUUACUCGCAUAAAUGAACCCGACAGCAUUUAUGGGAUCACACUAGCCAAUGAGAUAACAUCUCAGAUCAUCAGAUACGAGCACGAAGGUGAAUGGAGUAGCGCUCUUGAAUAUUAUGAUUUACUCGUAAGGUCAUCGCCAAUGGAGCAUCUUGGCAAUUUAACGGGUUCGCUGAUGACUGGACCAUCUGCUUUUAGAGCAGAAGAUAAGAUGCUGAACUGGAAAAUGCACAAAGGUCUGAUGAGAUCCUUGCAGAAAACUGGAUGUAGUCAUGUGCUAGAUGUCUACUGUGAAGGUUUAACGCACCAAAAAGGGUCUCUUCAACAAGAUGCAGAGUUCAUUGAUAUACAAUAUGAAGCUGCUUGGAGGGCAGGAAACUGGGAUUUCUCCUUUUUCAUUCCAUAUUCAUCUCAUUCUUCCACCCGCACCCAAAGUUAUUGUCUCUUCAAUGAAAAUUUACACAGUUGCUUAAGAUCUCUGGAGAAUGGUGAUUCUGAGGAGUUCCAUGCAAAACUUUCUCGAGCCAAGAUGGAUCUUGUGUUGGCUUUGUCAAAUACUAGCAAGGAAAGCACAAAAUACAUACAUUCUACCAUCCUUAAGUUACAGAUGCUUGAUCAUGUUACCAUGGUUUGGGACCUGCGUUGGAACCUUUGUCACAAUCAAACAUCAGAAUCUUUUCCAAAAACCAAGAAAGUUUCUCCUGUACCUACAGGGAUGCAGCUGGAGUUGCUGGAUAAAGAGUGGAACUUCAUUGUGUUCCAAACAGAACAUAACCUUGAUCUUUUUGAACCUUUCCUAGCAUUCAGGCGUGCCCUGCUUAAGGUUUUAGGUUGUGAAGAACAUCUUGUAACACAUUUAUUUCAAUCUGCUUCUGCACUCCGAAAGGGAUUAAGGUUUUCUUUGGCAGCGGCUGCUUUAUAUGAGCUGAAAGAACAUUGUUUUCACCAAGAUGGGGGCACCAUGCCAAAUACUUAUUUCCUUUCUAGGCUUGAAGAGGCUAAACUGCUGAGAGCUCAAGGGCAGCAUGAUAUGGCUAUUAGUCUUGGGAAAUACAUACUGCAGAAGCAUUCUGACAAGAAAGACAUAUCAGAUGUCUAUCGACUAGUUGGCAAGUGGUUGGCUGAAACAAGAUCGAGCAACUCGAGAACCAUCAUUGAGGAUUAUUUAAGACCUUCUGUGGAUCUUACUGAAUUUAAGACGACCACGGACAAAAGAUACAUGUCCAGGCAGUGUCGAACACAUUUUCAUAUGGCACAGUAUACAUACAGUUUAUUCAAAAGCUAUGAAGAAAGACUUUCAUCUAAUGAGUGGCAAGCAGCUCUGCGACUAAGGAAAUACAAGACUAGGGAGUUGGAGACGCUGAUUAAAAGACUGAAAAGUUCAUCUAAGGGUGUAAAGACUGAUUACUCAGUAAAAAUCCAAGAGUUGCAGAAACAACUUGCACUAGACAGAGAAGAAGCAGAGAAGAUUCAGGAUGACCGGGACAAUUUCUUAAAUCUAGCGCUUCAAGGGUACCAACAUUCCCUUGUUGUUGGUGGCAAAUACGACCUACAAGUGGUUUUCCGGCUGGUCUCGCUGUGGUUUAGUCUUUCUUCAAGGGAUCAAGUUGUGAAAGCAAUGAUGAAAACAACAAAAGACGUCCAAUCCUACAAAUUCAUACCAUUAGUUUACCAAAUUGCUUCAAGACUUGGAAGCUCCAAUUCUCAGGGUUCAACAAACUUCCAGAUUGCAUUAGCUUCUCUUCUGAAGAAAAUGGCUAUUGAUCACCCAUAUCAUACAAUAUUUCAGCUUUUGGCUCUGUCAAAUGGUGAUCGUGUUAAAGACAAGCAAAGGAGUAGAAGUUCUUUCAUUGUAGACAUGGAGAAGAAGCUUGCUGCUGAGAAUCUGUUAAAGGAGCUAUCUUCCUGUCAUGGAGCUUUGAUUUGUCAGAUGAAACAAAUGGUAGAGAUCUACAUUAAGUUGGCUGAACUGGAGACCAAGAAGGAAGACACUAACAAAAGAAUUUCGCUGCCUAGGGAGGCCCGGAGUAUUUGUCAGCUUGAACUUGUUCCCGUUGUGACUGCUACAGUUCCAGUCGACCCUAGUUGUAGGUAUGAAGUAGGUUCCUUUCCACAUUUCAGUGGGUUGGCUGACUCUAUUAUGAUAAUGAAUGGUAUUAAUGCUCCCAAAGUUAUAGAAUGCUUUGGCUCAGAUGGUAACAAAUACCGCCAACUUGCAAAAUCUGGAAAUGAUGACCUGCGACAGGAUGCUGUGAUGGAGCAAUUUUUCAGUUUGGUAAAUACUUUCUUGCAAAAUCACAGAGAUACUUCUCAAAGGAGAUUGAGAAUCCGUACAUAUAAGGUUGUUCCUUUUACCCCAAGUGCUGGUGUUGUUGAAUGGGUAAAUGGCACUGUUCCACUCGGUGAUUAUCUACUGGGGAGUACUAGAAUCAGUGGAGCACAUGGACGAUAUGGAACGGGGGACUGGACAUAUCUUCAAUGCAGAGAGUACUUGAUGAGUGAAAAGGACAAAAGGAGGGCGUUUCUUAAAAUCUGCAACAACUUUAGGCCUGUAAUGCACCACUUCUUUCUUGAGAGAUUCUUGCUGCCUGCUGAUUGGUUCCAAAGUAGACUUGCUUACACAAGAAGUGUGGCAGCAAGCUCAAUGGUAGGAUACAUCGUGGGACUUGGGGAUCGCCAUUCCAUGAAUAUUCUAAUUGACCAAGACACAGCCGAGGUUGUACACAUUGAUCUUGGUGUUGCAUUUGAACAGGGUCUCAUGCUUAAAACACCUGAACGGGUUCCAUUUCGACUGACAAGGGACAUUAUAGAUGGCAUGGGCAUUACUGGUGUUGAAGGUGUGUUUAGAAGAUGUUGUGAGAAAACACUCUCAGUCAUGAGGGCAAAUAAAGAAGCGUUGCUCACUAUUAUUGAAGUUUUCAUUCAUGAUCCUCUAUAUAAAUGGGCACUCUCACCACUGAAAGCUUUACAGCGUCAAAAGGAAACAGAUGAUACUGACUCAUGCUUGGAUGACUCUCAAGAGGCUUACGAGGGCAACAAGGAUGCAGCUCGUGCUAUACUCCGUGUUAAACAGAAGUUGGAUGGGUACGAAGAUGGUGAGAUGAGAAGCGUGCAGGGCCAGGUCCAACAACUCAUACAGGAUGCAGUAGAUGUUGAUCGAUUGUGCCAAAUGUUUCCUGGUUGGGGACCUUGGUUGUAAGCUCCAUGAAAAUGGAUGUAAAUUUUGAUCAAAGGCAAGAACAAUUUGUGAUUUUUGAAGCUUUACUCUUAUGGGCUGUUUUUCCACUUAACCCCUUGGACCCUCCUUCGCAACCUUCUACGGGGACGACUUUGCUGCCUUCAGUGCCUGAGCAUUGUUGGGAAGGGAAGCAUUACAUCUGGAUGGUCAAUGGGUUGUACAGUUAUACGGUUAUACCACUGCUGAUAGCAGUUUGAACUUUGAAGGCCUGUGCUCAAGAGCCACCGACGUCUGGUGGUAAUCCAAGUCAGUUCGACAAGCCUGCUUAGCAAAGGAGGCCACGGUCUCGCUUUUUUUUUCUAAACUUCAUUCGUUUAAGAUCUCUAGUUUGAAAGCCAUAGGGAUAGGCGCUGCAUCACUUGUACAUACCGUCUUGCAGCGUAUGCAUGUAACUGUUGUACUAUCAUGGUAUGGAUAUCGAAAGUGCUCGUUUGAUCAUUGAUGAAUGAUGCUGUACUUCAGUAGGUCAGUACCAUCAUGG